AUGCUGCUUCAGGGUCGCGUUCGUGGUGAUGCGUACGGUCCCUAUGUGGUGCAGAACUACAAGCCUGUGCAAAGCUCCUUCGCAAUCCAGGUGCCAGUGGUGCAGCAGAUGAUGCCUAAAGUGCCCAUUGUGGGCCCAGGUGGCAAGAGGUCAGCAGACAAAGAAGCAUGUCACGACCCAGAAGAAGCUUGCGACGAGAACAAGUUCGGGGAAGACAGCAAGGGUCCUGAUGCCAGUUCUGAGUGUUGGAAGCCUGUUUUGCCGGCGGCACUCAGUCUCUCGACGCUUCUCGGUGCUGUAGCCGUGUCCAUGGUACAUAUCCCCAUGUUGACCGAGCUGACCGGGUGGAAUUGCACUAUCUUCCUCACGAUCGAGGCGAUCAUCUUCGGUCCGACCUUGCUGUGCAUGCUGUGGGUGGCCAGAUCGGACCCCGGGCAAAUCACCCCUGAGAGCAUCAAAGAUGAGGGGGCCGAGCUGCCCAAGCGUACCCACAAGUCUUGGCUGUACCCGGAGCCCAUUCGACGCUACGAUCACUAUUGCAGGUGGCUUCAGAACGUUGUUGGUUUGAUGAAUCACCGAGAGUUCAUGGCGAUGCUGAUUGGCUUGACGCUGAUUGCAGUGCUGGGGGUCGUCAUUGAUCCUUGCCUGGCGGCCUUCGCAUACGAGCAGGCCGGGUUCCAGAUUGUCAGGGAUGUCAUCCUUGCACUGCAUUGGACUUAUUCGUUGAUUUUGCUGUAUCUAGAAGGGCAAAUCUUCAAGAUCCACGUGGGGCUCGUUUCGAGGAACGAGACAGCCCACGAGUGGAAGCAGAACAUUCACUAUGUGGCGCACAACACGUCCAAGGGCAGCAAUGUUCCAGUGGAGAGCUUAUCAGAUUCGGACGAGUAUAACGACCUUUUGGACAACGGAGGCUUCGUCUACUCGCCUGAGGCGAACCCUUUGGACAAAGGCUGCCGAACGAACUGCUUCAAUUUCUGGUGUGAGCCUCGAUAUCCGCCCGGAGUGAAAGGAGACUUCUGA